GCCAAUGAAUAAAUAAAUAAAUAGUAAAUACAUUUUUAUUACAGUUCAAGAUUUACAUCCUUUAAUCAUGAGUCAUAUAUUAAAAUGCUAAAAAAAAAAAAAAAAAAAAAAAGUCAUAACCGAGGUUUACAAAAAAAUUGUUUACAGGAUGGAAGCUAUUUAUAGUUGGCUGAGAGCAACAUUAGUACAAUUUGAGGAACUUCACUGUGGAUCCCAACAUGCCGCAUUAUGCCAUAAGCUUGCCUCCCAUUCCCAGCCCUAGUGAUAAAGCACCCCUCUGUGUGGAAUGAGCCAACAGUGGGCUACCAUGAAGUGUGCCCCAGUAGCUCAAGUGUUUCUGUGUAGCCAGAGAGCUAGCAGGAAGUGCAGCUUGGGUGUCUCUCCACUCGUCUCAUCAAUGCAGCUUUCAUUCACACUCGGUGGGGCAAGAUGGAAGCUGUACAAAAGGACCGCUGGUACUUUGUGGUACUCAUCUUUCUCCCUUUUCUUGAAGUUGCUGUCCAGCAGACAGAUCCUGUAACAGUUCAACUGGAGGAAGGGAUGGUCCUCAACUGUUUGUGCCCCUGGGACGGGAACCUCAGCAUGGUGUCGUGGACCAAACUGCCAGACAAGAAUCCAUUAGCUGUUUUCCAUCCAGAGUAUGGAAUGGCUUUUGCUUACCAAUACAGGGAGAGGAUAGAGUUCCUGAGGACCACACCUAUGGACGGAAGUAUUUCCAUGAGGAACGUCACUCAUCAGGAUAUUGGGCUUUACCACUGCUCCGUUCAGACCUUCCCUCAGGGACCCUGGACUAGGAACAUUCAAGUGGAGGAUUUAGAUGAGCCCCCCGAAGAGGAAGAUUUCACAGAGCCGCCCACGCCAGAGGUGAUUGUGGCAGACAUAGAGAUGGUGGCAGAGCAGAACAACAACCGGACCAUGAGCUGUAACCACGAGCACAAUGGCACCGUUUACCAGGCCAUUUUAGAAAAGAUGCCGCAUGGCCAACCCUGGGGCAUCAUUGGGGUGUGUAAAAAGGUGGAGGGGGGCCUGGUGGUUGAGGACUACAGUGAUCGGGGAAAGGUCAGCUGUGCCGACAGCCUGGAUGUCAGUCUGCACCUGACAGGCGUGGUGCUGGAUGAUGGUGGUUUCUAUCGCUGUACCUUCAACACAGAUGCCGGUGUGCAAACCACAACUAUUCUGCUCACAGUGCCCACUUCAGGUGGAUUCAGCCUAUCAGUGUACAUGAUGUGUAUUUACAUCGGGGCUGCAUCUGCUGGGCUUGUUCUGUUCACAGUCAUCCUCGUGCUAUGGUUGCGGCACAGGAAGAGGAACAGGAGAGAGGAGUACAGAGUCAAACUUCACCCAUCUCAGAGACAGCCCAACUUCUACGAGAACAUCCCCAUAUGCCCGAGGAUUACAAAGAAGUCCGAGCAGAUAAGACCCUGCCCUGUGUACGCCAACCUACACACUGUGCGAUCGCACAAUCACAGACAAUAAAGGAGCACACAUAAAUAUGAUGUACUGCCUAAUGCCAAUGUGUAGUUUUUAUCUGUCACAGCUGUCAACUCGACCUCAGGUUUUCCCCCAGACAAAUCAUAAAUUAUAUACACAAACAAAAAUAAACGGUAAAUUGACAAGAAGAGUUUUUUUUUGCAAUUUUUUUUAAAUAAGAUGCAGGGAUCACACUGACACUGAUUAAUAUUCAUGCUGUUAGUUUGAAAUGGAUUAACAAGCUGGUGAUCGUGUACGUCUCAGAGAGCUGACAAGUUGGGCUGGGUCCAGCCCUUAAUUAAAUGUGGUGUGUCCUGCAUAAUUACUGUUGAGAAAAUAUUUGUUUUGGGCAAAACAAUAUUUGACAGUAACCAUCAUGCAGAAAGAGCAGACAAAAGCCUGUGUUGUCAUUCUUUUCACUUCCCUAACCCCUGAGUAAAACGACUGACAAAAGCCUGUGUAAUUGCUCUCCUUCUACUUUCAUCCCUCCUGGUUUCCAUUCAAAGCUUGACAAUGGUGUCUAAUCAUCUAACGGAAAAGAAAAGCAGUCACUCAGCACUGUACCAUCACUUAAGACCCGUCACUUCCCCCCCAAAGGGCUCUCUCCGUCUAGGAUGGCUGCUUUCUAGUUACAACACGCUCUUAUUAUGAAAGCUGAACUCUAAUUAGCUAAUCCUGUGCUUCAGUCUAUAGCUUAUACUUUCUGUCUUCUGUUUAUUGAUGAAUGUUGGGCUUAUGGUUUUUUUUACCCUCUGAAAUGUAAUUAAAACAAACUAUAGUUUUUUUAACAAUAAGCUGUCACGUUUUUUUUUUUUUUUUUGAAGUUUGCCAAUAUGCUGUUUGAAAAUCACUAUGUAAAGUUUAUGGCAGCACUGCUAAACUGUGUGUUGUUCAUGUGUAAUGUAAUUUAUUUAUCUCCAUAGAAAUGGAGGCAGAGGCAGUAAUGGAUAUGCGGGCUAUACCGCUAGGAAACGAGACAAAUGUGGACAAAGUAGGAAUGUGGGACAUAAGAGGGACAAUAUAGUUUUGGAAUCGCAACCUUUUGUUGACUUCAUCUCACGGUUCCUGACAAGACAGUAGAAGGUGCGAGUCUACGUUUUUGACUUUCUGUAAAUGUUACCAGCUUUCUUGAAACAGAUGCGUGUGAUUGUCAGUGACUCUCUGUGAUAUAAAUAAAGUGUCAUAGCCCCCAACCUCAUUUAUUUCCUGUUAAGUGGGAGAGUGACAAAGGAGAACCGAAAGAGAUAUAAGCUGCAGACUGAAAAGUACUUCAAGAAGGAAACUAAACAGUUUACUGUGAAAUGAAUGAUUUUACAUUCUGGGAAAUUGAACGGUGGUCCCAGACCUUCUAUGCUAAACUAAGCUAAAAGACUUAUGGCAGUAACUUUAUAUUUACUGUACAAACAUGAGAUUGGUAUCAAUGUCAUCAUAUAAGUCCAAUUCCUUUACUUACCGUACAUUCAACAUGCCUGUGGACUUAAAUAAAAAAUGCUGAUACAUGAUAGAACAUUCAAUUUAUUACCUUUUUGUCAUCAAAAACAUUGCAUAUGUACAUUUAGUGAAAACUGUAGUCCUACACUCACUGUAUUCAAAGUGCUUUUUAAACAUAUAGUCUGACAGUAACAGAAACACAAAACGUGUCGGACACGAACACAAUCGUAACAAUAACAGAAAGUACGAUGAGUAACAAACGAGUGAAUGGCUACAAUAAACAACGAAAUCUGCAAACGAUACACACUCUGUCAACUAACUUUCUCCAGUCAUUUCAGUCAGCGUAGCUCUAACGCUCCAGAUGUAGUGGAACUAUUGUACAUACACACAUUUAUUAACCACACUUGAGCUAUUUUAAGACGAAUAGAGCAAAAAUGUGGCCAGAUAUGUCAACUAUAUUUCUAUAUACUCAUAUUACAGGCUCUGUGAUGUAGAUUGACACCUUUUUCUUUAGUUUUUUUUUUUUUUUUUUUUUUAAAGACGGGCACUUUGUUUUAGGCUCAAAUUAAUACAAAAGUUGAGUUCUCUUAAAUACAAUACACGAAAUAAAGUGACAGCAAAAUUGAACUUUAACGCAAAGUAAGUGCAUGUACAUCUAAUGUCUGUUUUUCUAGAUAUAAACCCAAGAGGAAAAACACAAAAAAAAAAAAAAAAGUGAUUAGGUUUGAUGGUAAAGGACCGCUGUGCUGCCUCAAUGUGAGUCUUUUGGGUGCUUUUUUUUAAAUUUCAGUGUUGUUGCUGUAAUUUCUGGAUUUCAAACGAUUAACACCUUUCUGCUGAGAUGCUGCAGGAAAUGCAAAAACACCUUUCACCACAAAUAUUGGUAGAGACGAAUCAGUGUCUGCUGAGAGCCCCAAAUAAGCGUAACACUCAACUGUAUAAAAGGUCUCCGCUGCGGUUUUGAAGAGAAAUGUAAGACUUUGCAAAAGUGUUUUGAAGGUACAGAGCUUUACUAUUCUGUCCACAGUGGUAAACUCAAUGCUCAAAGAUGCCAUUUUGGUAUGGUUUAACACUGUGGUCUGGGUCGGAAGGCACUUUUUUACUGGAGGAGAACAUUAUCGUAACAGCGGUCACAUAUUCAGCGACACAUUUCACUCACAUGCUGU